AUGUCGACUCCGUCGCUCUCGCGUGAGCGUAAAAGUCCCGAAGAGGAAGUCUCAGACCAAGGCUCGCAGCGUAUUCUUGUCGAAGACAGAGAAGAACUUGGGACGGGCAUUGCAGAAGCCUCGGCAAAGGUCUAUGGCAAAUACUCUAUCUGGGUACUCUACAUCACGCUUGGUCUGUCGGCCUAUGUGUACUCGCUCGACCAGAGCACGACCUAUUUCUACACUGCGUUUGCCACGAGCUCGUUUUCGCACCACUCUCUCCUGUCGAGUAUUGAAGUUGCGACACUUGUAAUCCUUGCCACGGUCAAGCCUGUUAUCGCACGUAUUGCGGACCUAAAGUCGCGCUCAUUUGCAUACGUGCUUACCAUCAUCUGCUACAUCCUUGGAUACAUCCUCAUAGCGUCGUCAAAAGGCGUAAGUCAGUUUGCGGCCGGACGCGUCUUCCAAGCAUUUGGCGCAGCCGGACUCUCACUCAUGCUCGAAAUCAUCGUGGCCGACUUUACCGCCCUCAAAUGGCGAGGCGUCGUCGCGGGACUAAUGUAUUCGCCCUUUAUCGUCAACGCAUUUGUAGGAUCAAAGAUUGCCGCCUCUAUCACGACCAACAAUCCGUCAAAUGGAUGGCGAUGGGGUUAUGCCAUGUUCUCGAUUCUCAUCCCCGUCUCGCUUGCGCCGGUGCUGUUUACUCUCCUCUGGGGUGAGCGCAAGGCGAAGCGACUUGGUGUGGUCGACUUGCGCCAUGGUACCAAGACGGCGACGAUCAAAGGCGAAAAGGUGGAAAAGGAGCACGUAUCGCUAUGGAGCAAGGUCGUAGGAUUGUUGCUCGAGAUGGAUAUCCUUGGGUUGCUUCUCUUAGCCACCGGAUGGGCGUUGCUACUCGUUGCACUGACAUUGUCUGCGGGGGCAAAAGGGGGUUGGAACAACCCCUCUAUCAUCGCAAUGAUUGUACUGGGACCAAUUAUUAUCGUCGUCUUUGCCAUCUACGAGAUAUUCUGGGCACCAUUCCCCAUGUUCCCCCGACAUAUUCUUCGUAACCGCGCCACACCCGCGUGGUCACUGGAGGAUCAAAACUAUUUCAGCUCGACGCAGACGGUUGGACUGACAGUGUUUGGUCUCAUGGCCGGCGUGGUGAUGAGAGUCACGAAGCGAUACAAGUGGUUGCUCGUAAUCGGACUUUGCAUACGCGUCUUGGGUGUGGGGAUCAUGAUUCGGUCGCGUGGUGCAGACGGAAGUGACGGAGAACUGGUCAUGACUCAAGUUUUGCAAGCGCUAGGUGGUGGUAUCGCGUCAUUGACGACGUCGGUGGCCGCCCAGGCGAGCGUACCGCACAAGUACGUUGCAAUGGUCUCCGCCAUUGUGUUCAUGAUCGCUCAGCUUGGUGGUGCGAUUGGGAGCUCAGUCGCGGGUGCAAUUUGGACGCACGUAAUGCCCUCUAAUCUCCGCAAGUACCUGCCUUCUGCGAGCGAAGAAGAGUUGCAGACGUAUUUCGGGUCGAUCAUCUCCAUUGUUGCGCUCGAGCCGAAUGAUCCCACACGGCUGGGUGUCAUUAGGGCAUAUGGGGAAACGAUGAAGAUUUUGAUCAUUGUCGCCUUGGCGUUUGGCAUUAUUCCAAUCUUUAUUGCCCUGGUUAUGCCCGAUUUUCACUUGGGAGAUGGCCAAAAUGCAGUGGAUGGGUUGGAUAUUGCAGGUCGGCGGAUUGAAGAGCCGGCGACGGAAAAGACGAACAGGGCAUAG